AUGGCAGAACCGGACUCUACUGACUGGGACCUGCUGUGGUAUCUAGAGAGUCUUAGUGACAGGGAAUUUCAGAUUUUUAAGAAUUAUCUGCAACGCAUGAUUUAUGACUUGAACCUGCUGAAGAUUCCACAGAUUAAUUCAGAGACACCAAAGGAGCAACUGCCUGCCUUGCUGGCCAUCUCUUACGAGGGGCAGCACGUGUGGAAUAUGGCCUUUAGCAUAUUUGAAAGGAUGCAUAAGUACAGUCUUUGUCAGAGGAUCACUGACAGACGAAACCGCAACAGCGAAGCAUGCAAAGCUCUCAUGAGGAGAAAAUUCACGCUGCAAUGGGAAAACCGCAUUUUGGGAGAAUUUCAUUAUAAAUUUUUCUCUGACGUGGCAGCGGAUGUGUUCUACGUAAUUCACUUAGCCUAUGAUCCUACCAGCCGUUACUCAGCAACGGAUCUCAAUGUGUUCCUGAUGGGAGAGAAGGCUUCUGGCAAAACGAUGAUUCUAAGAAUGGCCGUGACACGGUGGCUCAGCGGUGACAUGUGGCGCGACACGAUCUCGUACAUUGUUCCCCUCACUGCUCACGAAAUAAACCAGAUGACUAACAUCAGCUUGGCUGAGCUGAUCGCCAAGGACUGGCCCGACCGCCAGGCUCCCAUCGCAGACAUCCUGUCUGAUCCUGGGAAAGUCCUUUUCAUCCUCGAGGACUUGGACAACGUAAGAUUCCAGUUAAACAUCGACGAACACGCUUUGUGUAGUGACAGCACCCAGAGAGUUCCAAUUCCAGUUCUCCUGGUCAGUUUGCUGAAGAGAAAAUUGGCUCCGGGUUGCUGGUUCCUCAUCUCCUCCAGGUUCACGAGUGACGAUGUCAUAAACAUGUUCUGGAAAAACACGGAUAUCUUCACCACCUUGCAUCUCUGUAAUGGGAAGAGGGAGGUGUAUUUUAACUCUUUCUUUAGUGACCGCCAGAGGGCUUUGGCAGCCCUCCAACUUGUUCACGACAACGAAAUGCUUACGACUCUGUGCGGAGUCCCCAUCUUAUGCUGGAUCACGUGCUCUGCCCUGAAUCAGCUGAGGGUCAAGGAGGAGCAGGAUCUCAAACGCUGCUGCCAGACUCCCACGGAUGUGCAUGCCCACUUCCUUGCUGGUGCGUUGACAUCAGAGGCUGGACUUACUGCCAAUCAGUAUCACCUAAGCCUCCUCAAACGUCUGUGUGCGCUGGCUGCGGGAGGACUGUUCAAAAACACCCUCAAUUUCAGUGGGGAAGACUUCAGCUACGUCGGGCUCACUGAGGCCGACGUCUCCGUGUUGCAGACCUUGAAUAUUCUCUUGCCAAGCAGCACUCAUCAAAACCGUUGCAAAUUCAUCCACUUGAUUCUCCAGGAGUUCUGUGCGGCCGUUGCGUAUCUGAUGUCAGUACCUCCCUGCCAGCUCCCCUCGGGCACGAGAGAGUAUAAAGAGAAGAGAGAACUAUACCGUGACUUUAGUCAAGUGUUUGCUUUCGUUUAUGGCCUUCUAAAUGAAAACAGGAGAAAGAUUCUCGAGACAUCCCUCGGCUUCCAGCUACCGAGAGUAGAUGCCUUCAGGCAGUACUCAGUGGCAUACAUGAAACGUCUGGGCCAAGGCACGGAAAAGCUGACGAACCACGUGUCUUUGUUUUACUGUCUCUUUGAGAAUCGGGAGGAAGAAUUUGUUAAAAUGACUGUGGACCCUUUGCAAGAGGUUACCGUUUACCUUCAAACCUACCAGGAUAUGAUGGUCUCGUUAUACUGUCUGGAGCACUGCCGUCAUAUGCAGACGCUUAAGUUGAGUGUUCAACGCAUGUUCGAAAGCCAAGAGCCAACUGUGAGGCCGACUGCAAGUCAAAUGAAGAGCCUUGUCUACUGGAGAGACAUCUGCUCUCUUUCUUGCACAAUGGAGAAUCUCCAGGAGCUGCAUCUUUUUGACAGCGACCUUAAUAACCUUUCAGAAAGGAUCCUGUCUAGAGCCCUGGAGCAUCCUAGCUGUCGCCUUCGUACACUUAGAUUGUCCUAUGUCUCGACGGGCACUGGUUUUGAGGACUUACUCAGCGCUGUGGCUUUUAACCGGAGUCUGACCUGCCUGAGCCUCAAUUGUGUGUCCAUUUCCCUAAACACGUUUUCACUUCUGCGUGAGAUCCUGACUGAGCCCGCAUGCCAAAUAACUCAUCUGAGCCUGAUGAAGUGCGACUUGCGAGCCUGUGACUGCAGAGAAAUCGCCUUGCUCAUCACCAGCAGCUGCAACCUGAGAAAACUGACCCUAUCCAACAACCCGCUGCACAACGACGGGGUGAACACACUGUGCGAAGCCCUGGUGCACCCCGACUGUAUGCUGCAUUCGCUGGUGUUAGUCUUCUGCUGUCUCACUGCAAGUUGCUGCAGCUUCCUUGGAAAAGCUCUUCUGCUCAGCCCAAGUCUCAAAGAACUAGACCUGAGUGUGAAUCACUUAAAAAACCAUGGAGCAGUAAUUAUGCUAUUUCCCUUGGUAUUUUCCUGUCGUUUAGAGGAGCUGCAGCUGUUUGGCUGUUUCCUUACCACCGAGAUCUGUGAAUUUAUUGCCGUAGUUAUUGCUGCUAGUAGAAACCUGAAGAGCCUGGAGCUUGGGAGCAACCACAUAGGAGAUACAGGGAUGCGGCUGAUAUGCAAUGCUUUGAAACUGCCGUCCUGCAAGUUGGUGAAUAUUGGGCUAGAAGACUGCAUGUUAACCAGUGCCUGCUGUGAUGCUCUUGCCUCUGUUUUUACCACCAACACGACACUAAAAAGACUCAACGUGCUUCGAAAUAGCUUCAGCGACGAAGGAAUUGUAAAACUUCUGGAGAGCCUGAUGCACCCAAAUUGUACACUAGAGAUAGUUGGGCUUCCAUUAAGUGGCGUGAGCACAGAAAUCCAGCAGUCGCUGACAACUGUAAAGGAAAGAAAACCCACGUUGAUCUUUCUGUCUGAAUCUUGGUCUGCAAAGGAAGGCAGAGAAAUUGGUGUGAGGCCGCUUUCUCAGCUAGGUUCAAUCGCACCUAAUUCUACUUUACAGCACAUGUUUACCGAAUUUUCUCCACCCGUGUAG